AUGUCAGCUCAACAGAAAAGUAACAUACUGUCAGAUGAAGAAGAAUUACUCAAUGGCCUGGGAAGCCAAUUGCUAUCGCACCCUUCCUCCAAUAACAUGGCCCGUUUGAACAAAAGGUGGACCCACACAGUACCUAACCAUAAUGGGGGUCAUCAUCGAAGAGCCCGUACUAUCGCGACUCCAACGUCUUCAUUUACCGAUUUGAGCAGACAUCAGCAGCAUCUCAUCGAUGGGGUCCAUGACCCUGUAAUCAUGAACGAUGACACUUUAUCCCCCGGGCAGUUGUAUUCUACGGAUUCAGGAAAGUUAUUCCAUGCUGGAAGGAUUCUUGUCGUUCUGGUAGGGUUGCCCGCCACGUCCAAGACGUUACUAUCCGUGGCUAUUACGAGGUAUACUAGGUGGUUAGGUGUAAGGACUGAGUCGUUCCAUAUCUCCAAGUACAAGGCCGAUGUGGAUAAGGGGUCUGACUUGUCGCUGGAUAUCCAGUCUGCUGCACCCGUCACUGAAGAGGGGAAACAAUUCAAGAAGACUAUGAUUAAGAGUAUUGUGAGGGAUAUGAUUAUGUUUUUCAUUGAGAAUAGGGGCCAAUUGGCAAUAUAUGAUGCUUUAAACAUAUUGGCAAGCGACAGAGAGGAAUUGAACCGUGUAUUUAGUAAAUUGGGGGUGAAAGUACUAUUCAUCGAGUCCAUAAUGAAUGAUGCCGAGUUGGUUCAUCGAAAUAUUGAAAUGGCGAUACAGUCCAAUGAUUAUGUGGAAUGUUCCAAAGAGGAAGCAAUCGAAAGGUAUAUGAAGCGGUUGACCAUUAAUGAACCGCUUUAUGAGACAAUGACGAAGGAGGAGAAGGGGGUCAGUUUUAUUAAGUAUAUUAAUUUUGGUGAAAAAUUGGUAGUCAUGAAUAACCAAUAUGGGUAUUUGAUUAACAAGAUUGUGUUUUUUUUAAUGAAUUUGAGAGAUAAGAAAGGGUGUGUGUAUUUUGCUCGUUGUGGAACUAGUGACAAAGAUAAAUACAUUGACGAUGAGUAUUUAAAUGAGGAAGGGUUAGAAUAUUCCAAGUUACUUACAGAGACCAUGCUACGAAGGUUAGAAGAUAAGAAAAAGAGGGCAGAACAAGGCGAUAAGGACGAAAAUAUAUCUCCCCUGAUUGUAUGGACGUCGCCAAGAAAGAGAACAUAUGAUUCCGGUAGAUUCUUCUUGGAAAGAGGUAUCCCUGUGACCAAGCGCAACCUAUUAAAACAAUUGAACCCUGGUGCAAUAGCGGAUCUAAGCAAGGACGAGAUUAAAGAGAAAUAUCCUGCUGAAUACAAGGAAUCGUUGAGAGAUCCAUACCAUUACCGAUUUCCGAGAGCAGAAUCCUACCACGACCUUGCAGUGAGGAUGGAACCGCUACUGCUUGAACUGGAGCACACCAGCAACAACGUUCUCAUUAUCGCACACGAGUCCACCAUCAGAGUCCUGUUCGGGUAUCUGAUGGCAUGUACGUGUAUCGAGGUGCCCAAUCUUAAGUUCACGCGGGACCACAUCAUCGAGAUCUCGUUCAGUCCCUUCUGCAACAAGGUGAGGAGGAUAUCGAUCCCCGACGGGGCCAUCAACUACGUUGUGUAA